UAUGAUUGAUGACAAUCUUAUGCGAAACAUCAGGAAAAAAAUAAGGCUAGGAAUUCCAAGGCAGCCAUUUUGAUAAGGACCAGAAUGAAUUUGAGCUGUGAGUUUGCGAUAAAAUGGCCACUAUAAGACCUCGUAAAGUAAAAACAUGAAACUACAAGCAAUAAAAAAAAACGAAUGAACAAAAGAAUGUAUUAUAUUAUAUUUUAUAAUAAUAUCCAUCUAGUUGAAUGUCGAAUGUAUCCCGUAGUCCUGAAAUAGGUUAUUGCUAGCUCGCUGACAACAAAAUUGACCACCACCACCAUACACCAAAACGCUUGUUUAAACCGAACGCUAAACGCAUUCAAUCUAACAUUAAAUGACGUAAUCAGAAAGGCGCGACUCCUAUUGUUGUUAUGAGGCGUAGAAAUACAAAAAAAAUCGACCAUUACGUGUUAAAUGUAACAACAAAUCUCGACAACAACAUAAACACAGUGGACAGAAGUCAGGGUAGCCGGAAGUGUAAAAAAGUCCGGAAACGACCAAUGUUGAACGCUCCCACGUCACUCGUUCCUAUAUAAAACACCAAUAUAGACCGUCCAAAAUAUUUUAGCCGACAAAAAGAAAACCAAAAUAUUAAAAAAAUAACAACAACUAAAAAAACAUAUGUCGUAAUACGGUUUGAUAAAAUAUGCAAAGGAUAUAACUACGAUAAGUUCUUCAAUGUGAGAGACGCUUGCGGUCUCAUGCUACGAUCCCAGCACAGUUGCAGUGGAGUCCGCUAGUUAGCUGUAGCUAAAAGGCUAACCAUUGGAAAACAGCGCGCAGAGCUGCUGGGGUGCAUGAGCGAGGGGGCAGGGUGGGAGAGAGAAUAGCAGGCCCCGUUCAUCUUGACCAGGCUAAAAGAUGGAUGCAUAGUAAGGAGAGAUACAGAAAGGAAAUUGUUACAGGUCACGAGAAUGGUGAAGGAGGAUUUUGCUUUCAACUAUGAAAAAGAAAAUAUGGAAAAUAUAUUAACUGACACAAGGAAACCAAGAUUUAAGCCACUUUUCCCAAGAGUGAAUGAAGAAUGUAUAAAUAUUGAUUGAAAUGAAGUCCAUGGAAUGUGGAGGAUCAAUCCAAUUCUAGUAUGAUCAUGAACUGAAAGAAUGUAACCAUGCAAGUGGAAUUAGUUUUUCACUCUAAGCAAACUACAUGAAGCACUUAAAUGCCCUUCCAAAAAUGUGAACAUGAAAUUGUCACAUUUUUCUACCGUAUUUUUUGCACUUUUACGGCACAUUUGUUCUUAAAUGUUGAUACCUAAAGUGAAUUAUUCGAUGUACCUGUGAAUAUAUGGAAUCCAUAUGAACUAAACAAUAUAACUGGGAUUAUGUGGAAUUCAAGUGUUGAGACUAAGUGGAGUCGAGUCUGUUCUUUCCACAGAGUGACAUUACCAGCCAUUAAGAAAUAAAAUACACAUUUAUGGCUCCAAACACAAUGAAGACAGUUUUAUGCAGAAAUGACAAAUUCAUGACACAAUCAAUAGAAAAAUGUCUGGACUGGACUACUUGGCCAAAAAAUUGAAAACAGGGCAUUAUUUUAAAACGAAAUAACUUCAGUAGCAUCAAAAGUACUGAUGAAAUUGAAAGUGAAGUGCCAGCCUACUUGUGAGGUUGCUCUGUUGUUAAUAUUGCUUCUGCCUUUUCCAACCACAACGCAUUAAAAACGCAGUGAAAAUAUUGUUGCUCCUCAUAGAGCAGAAGGUGUUGCCUUUGUGCACCAAUGUUUUAGUGACUGGGAGAUGUACCAGUUUGGAAAAUACAAUGUGGACAUCAUAGAGAUGCUGAGUGGACACCAGGCCCAUCAGUUUAAAGGUCUUGGAUUAGAGCGACAACUUCAACACCAACAGCAAGUGCAGCUUCACCAACACCAGUUACAGCAGCAACAACAGCAGCAAAGUGAAACGUCUGGGUCACUUUUUUCAGGACUAGGCUUAGGCCCAUUACAAGGAUCUAGAGGCAGUGCGUUUUCAGAUUCUGCAUCACUUUUUGCAAAAAUGAGUGCACCUCCCCCACCUCUGCAACAGCAAUCUCUUUCAUCUUCCUCUCAGAGUUUAAGGAAAUCAAGCAAAAUGUCUGGUGGUAGUAGUGGUGGAAGUCACGUGAGUGGAUAUCCCCAGUUUUUGCGCUCAUUUCAUCCAACUGAGGCAGCCCUUGCACAAGAGCAGCUGCACUCAGGAGUCGGACGAUUUGAUCAUUUUGCCAGCAGUAGUGGAAGUGGAGGACUGGUUUCAUCUGUUCCACCGCCCCCACCCCCAUUGCAUUCUGGCCUGUCAGGACCUCAGGCGUCCCCUGGGCCAUCUUCCUCCUCCCCAUCUCCAUCAAGUUCUGUUUCAACCUCCAUUAACCCUCCCAGUAGUAAUGCAGUGACUACCUUAGGUCAUCAGCUGGCAGGAUCUCAGUCUGAUGCCCGGAGCCUCCAUCAACAGUUUAGCUGCAUGUUAGCGGCAAAUCAGUAUUUCCUGUCUGGAGUACCAGCUAAUUCCAGUCUCGAACAAUUUUUAGUUCAGCAAGGCAGUCACAACCAUCUUGGUCUUGGUCUGGGCCAAAAUGCAUUAGAGACAAGUUCAACUCUUGCACCACCUCCUGUUCUUCAUUCUUCACACACCCAUGGUCAUUCAGCCACUUUAUCACAACCCCAGCAGUCAACGCCACAGCAGCAACAACUGCCAUCUCACACCCUGUCUCACCCUCACUCGCAUCCCCACCACCCACUCCACUCCUCCCAGUCCUCUUCACUUGGAAGUUUCGACUUUCAAGGAAUCCCAGUACUUUCCUCCAACCAGCUGGCAUCUCUGAUGCAACAGGAAGCUGGUUUACCCCUUCCUCUACCUUUACACCUUUCUUUAUCUAAAGAGGAGGGAAAAGUGGAUAGUACUGGAGGAGGUGGAAGUGGAAGCAGGCGGAAGAAAGCAAUGGCUGGCUACUUGCCCCAGAGAAAGAAUGAUUGCAACAACAGCAGUAAUAGUCACAGCUCUGAAAACCCCAACUCCAACAGUAGCACAUCAGGGGGGCUCAACCAGGAUAAUACUGCAGGCAUGGAUGGAGGUGGGGGUGUCGACUUGUCUGGUAUUAGUGGAGACCCUCCUUCCCACCUAACUUCCUCAUCCUCCACCUCUGUUGUCUCAUCAUCUUCUACAUCCGCAUCAGUCUUAGUGACAAAUGGCUCUAAAACAGAAAACCAUGGUUCCAUGCCACCUCAGUCUCAGCCUGGACAAGAACACCUUUAUCAGUGUGGAGAGUGUGGCAAAACUUUCACACAUCUCUCUAGUCUGCGCAGACACCUUCGAAGUCAUGAAUUAACCACAGCUGGCACAAGUGGCACGAGACGUAACAUUAUAAACCCUGUGUUGCAUCCUGCUGAUCCAACUAUUCCACACUCUACUCAAGAGGCAUCAGCCUCAUCUUCGUGUGCCAGUCCUGACAAGACGUUUCGUUGUUCAGAGUGUGGCAAAGGUUUCAAGAAAAAGGGUCACCUCCUUCAGCAUGGUGUUAUACACUCCGGGGCGCGGCCCUAUGCGUGCACAACAUGCAGUCGUGCUUUCAAUCGUCGUGAGUCACUCACCCGCCAUGAAAAGAUACAUGAAGAGAAACCAUUCCGCUGUCCAGCUUGCGGUCGCUGUUUUCGGGAAAGUACUUCCCUUUUAAACCAUGCAGCUUCAGGUACCUGUGGAAAGUCAGGACGUACACCAAGAUCUAAGCAUGAAAGAAAUGUAGUUGAAAGCAAGAGCAAUAAAGCUGGGGGGUCCCAAGAUGGAAUAGCAACUAAUGCAGCGGGUUCUUACCGGAGCGAUGGCUUCACUGAUGACUACAAGGACCAACGCUCCCAAGGGAAUUUGUACUCUGGAACGUCUUCAUGUAGUGGUGGCAACAUGACAGGGCCUGCACUUAGGAAGGCACCCUUAGCUCCUACUCUGCAUCCACACCCACCAAACCAAAACCAGCAACAUCAUCACCAACAGCCACAUCUCCCACUUUCAUCUCUGCUGGACGAUUCUGAAGAUGACGUCACUAGUUCGGUCAACAAUGCCAUUUCUGCCAUCACUGCUGCUGCAGCAAAUUGUAUGAGCAGUGAUCUUUCUCAUAGUGGAGGAAGAGGGGAGGAUCGAAGGGACAUCAUUGGUGGUUUGCUUGGAGGUCUGGGUCUCGGGCCCCUUAGUUCACCUAGUGGUCCCUCAUCCACAUCUGGUCUGGAGAAGUCCUACAGGGCUAACGCAAGCCAGAGUACAGCGAUCCUCAACCAGCAGCUAAAUCAGCAGGCCCCUCUUGGAAAGCCCAAGCGCCCUCGUAAGCCCCGCAAGAAAAAGGAACCUGGUGCAGUCAGUGUUGAAGCUCCUAAAAGACGACAGUCCACUCACAGACCAGGAGAGCCUAGUGGAGAUAUUAGACCGUAUUUGUGCAGUGUCUGUGGUCGAGGAUUUGCAAGGAGAGAAACAUUGCGAAGACAUGACAGAAUACACACUGGAGAAAAACCUCACCAUUGUACUGUCUGUGGCAAGUACUUCAGAGAGGCAUUUCAUCUCAGUAAGCAUCACACAGUGCAUACUGGAGAGAAAAACUACAAAUGCAUUCUUUGUGGUAAAGAUUUUGGAUAUGCUCAGAGCCUUAAAAGACAUGGCAAGCUACACCAGAAAGGAGAACUGGAAGAAGUGCCAACAACACCAGGUGGGGAAAACCUUAACAGCUAUACGUCAUCUGGUGGCAGCUUGAUUCAGGGUGGUCAGGGCAGCUCUUCGUCAUUCUAUUCUUACGUUCAAGACAUCAAACCGCAGACGUCAAAUGCACAGCCCCCUCCUAGACUGUACACAUGUGCUAUAUGCUGGAAAUCAUUCCGGCAUCACUUUCACUUGACUGCACAUCACCAAACGGUGCAUGAGGGGGGUGGUGAAAAGCUGUUUUCUUGCGAAAUCUGUGGAAAGGCUUUUGCAUACUCAAACAGCCUUACAAGACACAGGCUUUCCCAGCAUGGUUUAACACGGAAUGGCCAAGCAGUCGCUCAGAGGUGCACAGGGGAAGACAGCAGUGUCGGAGGUUCAAUGUCCGAAAACGAAGCUGCUACAAAUGCUUUGCUUCAGCUUGCACCAUCAAGUAGCUCACAUGGCGAACAGCAGUCUCAUGGUGGUAUUCUUCACAGCCAGACUCCACCACAACCACAAGCUGGCUACUCACCUUUCUUCUACUUGCCUGAUUCCAAUACAUCGCACCCUUCCUCAUCCAAUGCCUCAACUUAUUCCCAUUCAUUGCCCUCAAGUUCCACAGUGCCUCUUCUUUGUAACCAUCAGCAACAACACACCGGGGUAAAGGGUGAGCCCAUUUACCAAACUGGUCACGGGCAUACUCUUAAUACAAACUUACCAGUAAAUCCACUUACCUUGUCUCUAUCAGAGCCACACCAUCAGCACCAUAAUCCCCGGCAACAUUCGGCUGAGAUUCAAUCUACACACCACUCCACUUUUCAAAGCCAAGACGAGCUGAGGAGACGGAAGAAAAAAAAAAAAAGACGGGAAGAGAGAGAGGAGAUAGGCUACAAAUGGACCCCCGCUGCAAGAGUGGAGAGAGAACAGUUGGAAGUCUCACUUGGGGAAAGGCAAAAAAAUGAAAGAAGGAAACUACCAAGGCGGACAAGCAGAGCAAUUCACAGGACACACAGCAAAAUUAAGGAGCGCAUGGCUGUGCUUGUGCGAAUUCGACGAGGACGUGAAGGGAGUGCUGUAUAUGAACUGGGCGUUCCAGGUGGACUAAAGCUCAACCGUCUGCGUUCUCUCAAAAUUCCUCUUAAAAGAAAGUCAUGCCCCCUUUGUCUUGGACCUACCUUCUCACAACAAGCAGCACUUAAAGUUCAUAUAGCAGCUAGACACUGUCCCAGAGUAAGUGGCCUUCAGCAUCGUUUGCGAUGUCCAGUUUGUGGAAAACAGUCUCGCAAGUUCCUCUCAGCCCUUAUUCACAGAAGCUCCCAUUUAGCCAACAGAGCAUUUUCUUGCAAACAUUGCCCCUGUCGUUUCUGGAAUGCCAUGCUCCUCACAAGGCACAAAAAGGUGUGCCGGGGAACUCUGGACAGUUUUAGACGAGAUAGGGCUCUUUGUGUGAAAGUAGUGAUGGGAUCAACCUACAGAAGGUUUGAGUGUAAAGGGAACUCUUCAGCACUGCAUAUGGAUUACAGUCAAUAAACAUUUUCUAUGUUGAGGUGGAGAGGACAUACAUACAGAGUGUUGGGAUUUUCAUGAUGAAAAGAAAUGUUAUUGGAUUUUUCAUGUACUCAUUUAGUCUUUGACUUUGUGUAUGUUAUGUGAGCUUCUUUUUCUCUUUCAAUCAGUACAUAUUCUCUUGUAAUGUGGACCCCUAAAAUGAUGACCCUCAACAAACUCACGAAAGAUUCAAAGGCAUUGUAAUGAAACUUUUAGCAAAUUUAUCUCCUAUACCACACCACUCAUCUGAGAUAACACUUUUGUUAAUAUUGAAAUUACCCUUCUGUACUUGGCUGGCAAUAGAUAAAGUUUUAGUGAUUUGACUAAUAUUUUGCUUUAUCCUAACAGUUGGCUAUACCGUACUGUUCCUCAACAAAUGCUCUGUAGAAUUCUUUUGUCUUUAAUAUAUAUUGUGUUGUUGAUGUUCAGCAAGUGUGGAGAUGUGAUUUUUUUAUGUAAAAAGUGCAUUUAGUAGUCAAAGAAUAAAAGAAGGGUCCUAUUAAGGUCCAAGUGUUUUGUUUAAAGAAGUAUUUAAACGCAUGUUGGACAUGGAUGUCCAUGUGUUGAAAGGUCAGUUUGAGUCUGUGGACUCUGGUGGUUACAUGACAACAAUAAUUAAAAAUGUACUCGCUCUUAAUGGAUGAAUCUAAACGAAACAUGGUAAAGAACAGUUUAUAACAAAAAAAAUGUGUCCCAUAAUUUGCCCUGUUUUGAACCAUUAAUUGUUUGAAAAUGAAUACUAGCAGUAUGAUAGUUAUGCCGGCACUUAAAAAUUCAGCAUAAUUUGUCUGAGGACAAAAAAAUGUAUUUAUAUGUAAAUUGACUUAUUCUUUGCCCUAAAUUAACUUACCAAACCAUUAAACCAUACCAAAUUGAGACAAUAAAAAAAUCACAUUUAAUUGGUAGUACAGCUUAGCAAUUAUGUAUAGAGUAAGAAAAGGAAAGAAAUAAGUGUACUGUAUUGUAAAUUGUGUCAACAUUUUAUUGUUUUUUAAGCAAAAUUAUCUUUCUAUUAUAGAUACACUUCAGGUAGAGUGAUUGUAGGAGUUUCACUUUAGAUCAGGUCUUGAUUAAGUGUAUUAACGUGUGACAGUCUGUCCACUUGCCAACUAUGAUCUUAACCCAUGUACUUUUACUCACCUUUUAUGUAGAGAUGCCAAACUACAUAGCCUCUUUUUCUGUUAAAGAAGUAAUAAAUGCGUUUCUAUCACUUUAUUUACACAUAAGCUGUUUGUUUAUAAAACCCAAGCAUUUAAUAAAGUUUUAAAAUAUA